AUGGCCAAAACGUGGACAUCCACUUUCUACAUCUACCUGAUCAUCUCAUGCCAGAUGCUGCCGUUGUGUUCGAUGCGUGCUGAAACGGACUUCGAAGAUGAGCUUGAGGCCGGGCACAAGGAGGACAGCGCGCUCCAAGCCACGCUGAGGGUCACGUGUGGUUCACCACGUCCGACGGACGAUCUCGAUUGGGUGAUGAAUCCACUCAAUGCUGACCUUCAUUCCACUUAUGAACCCGAAGUGGAGUGCAACAGCGAUGCUGUGGAGUCAGGGACCAUCACCACAUCACCACGCGACAGGGCGACAAAGGUUGGCGACUGGGUUGGCCUUGCGAAAAGUGGUGCAUCUCUGGUCGGCGCGGUCGUGGGCGACGUGGCCGAAGCAGUCGCUGAAGCCUCACCUGUCGGAGUUAUCCUCACUCUACAGAGCGCGGCGAACAGUCACCUGGACAGGAAUGCGCUGAAAAGGCAACUUCAAGAGGCACGAGCCAGGCAGGACAGAGGAGGGGAGGCCGAGGCCUUGUGCCUGCUUGAGCUCAACAUGUUCAACCGAAAAGUCCUUAUUGCCAGCACUGCUAUUGGCAUCGCCGGCCUUGUGGGUGCUAUCGCGACCUUGGGUACAGCUGCUCCCAUCAUCGUGACUGUUGGCAUGCUCCUGAAGCGGUUUGCCCAGAAGAAGCGCACGGCUCUUAAGAAGAUGGAGUGCGCGGAGCUUCAAACGAGCGUCGACGCAGUGGAUGAAGCUCAGCUACGGGCAGACCUGGGCUCCUGCGACCCAAACCAACAAACACCCUGCGACUCGACCAUUGUCUGGACCGUCAACCCUCUCUACGCGGCCAUGCAUGGAGGCGCCUGA